GAACGUGAUUUCGCUUGCCAGGAGCGAGGCGCAGUAGCAGCUUUACCAUAGAGAGGGCGAGGGGCAGAGAGCGGCGCGCGCGCACCCCCGCCCCUCUGAUCCGGCUGGGAUCUCGGUGACCGCUUCCGCUCGCGCGAAGGACGUCCGCGCCGCUAGCCCCGCCCCUAUCCACGCCCCAGUCGGUAGCCCCGCCCCUGCCCCGCUGCCCUGGCAACCGCUGCCGGGGAUGGCGAUGCGGAGCGAGAAGCUGGUGCCGCUGGCCUUGCCCCGCGGGCGGAAACUCGGCUGCGAGCUGUGUCUCGGGCCGGCCACGCUGCGCUGCGGCGGCUGCGGGGUCACCUACUACUGUGAUGUAGACCAUCAAAGCGCUGACUGGGUCAGCAUCCAUGAGAAGAUAUGCCAGCUGCUCAUUCCGCUGCGUACAGCGUUGCCUUUUUAUAAUUCGGAGAAGGAAAGGAAGCAUGGGCAGGAGCAGAAGAUAAGCAGGGAGAAAUUCCUGGCAGGACUCACUCACGGCGUGGCCCAGAAAUUUCUCUCUGAAGGCAAACAUGAAGACGCCAUCCCGGCAGCACUGCAUUCGCUGAAAUUCAACAUUAACGUUUACGGCUCGCAUUCUCCAGAACUGGUGCCGGCAUUCCUCAUUUUGGCCGAGGCGAGCCUGGGCCUCGGGCAUGUCGCCCAAGGAGAGGAGUACCUCUCCCAAGCGCAGUGGAUUGUCUUGAAGAACGCCAGCUGCAGCAGUGCCAUUCAGUCAAAGCUGCACCGCAACCUGGGACUCCUCCACGCGGCCAGGGGGAACUUCGAGGACGCCUUGUACCACCUGGCGAAUGACGUUUACAAUGCCUGCUGUGCCUUUGGGACCAAUGGCAUUGCUGCCUCGGGAGGCUAUUUCCACAUGGCCAACAUUUUCUUCCAUCAGAAAAGAAUGGAUGUGGCCCACUCUCUGUUUGCUGAGGUGGUGGACAUUUGGCACAAGCACUUCAGCCGCUUGAUCGACACUCAAUUCCAGACACUCACAACUCCGCCCGAAGUGGAUGUGCUGUCUGAAGAAGUGGAGCCCACUGAAGAGACGCUUGACGAAGGCCAGCGCGCGGAAGCGUCUCAGGUGCUGAGCGCCAUCUUGGAUAUCCGAGAGCAGGCAGCCAGGCCGCAGCUGGAUAAGAUCGCCAAGGUGCUCCACACUCUGGCCAUGCUCCAUUACCUGUGUCAGAACAUACCCAAGGCUCACGAACUUGGGCUGAAGGUUCUGCAAAUGACGGAGGAGCUGCCAAAGCAGGAGCCGGACGCGUCGCUGCAGCGCUUGAUGCAGCUGAUCAAAACCAGGCCUUCCGUUCCGAAGUAGAGCCCUCUCCUGCCCCAGAGAUUCGACAUGACGAUGGCAUAUGGACCGCCCUGCGUCCAGAACUCCCAAGUAGAGCGUUGCUCAGAAAGGAGGUGGACUUUAAACCGUUAACUGCUCUCAGGUGAAGUGGGGAGAAAGUGGAUUCCCCCGGAGGAGGAAGAGAGCUGGUCUUGUGGUAGCAAGCCUGAAUGCUUUGCUAAGCAGGGUCUGCCCUGGUUUGCAUUUGGAUGGAGGACUACAUGUAUCAGCGCUGUGAGAUAUUCCCUUUAGGGGAUGGGGCUCAGUAGAGGAGCAUCUGCUUGCUUCAGUGCAGGUUUCCAGUUCCCUCCCUGGCAGCAUCUCCAAGAUAGGGCUGAGAGAGACUCCUGCCUGCAACCUUGGAGAAGCCGCUGCCAGUCUGUGAAGACAAUACUGAGCUAGAUGGACCAAGGGCCUGACUCAGUAGAAGGCGGCUUCCUAUGUUCCUAACCUAUUCCGACUCCCUCCCCUCCAAGUGAAGCAUUUCCUUCAGAGCCCCAAAUGAAACCAAACGCCAGAAUCCAAGGUUCCUAAGCCCUCGUUUCGUUUAUUCUGUCCAUACAAGCAUCUCCUCCCUGUGUUCUUCUGUCGUCUGACAUCACACCAUUCACAGCAUAUGAAAGAUAAUUUUUCGUAUGAACGUUAAUUUUUUAUUAUUAUUCCUAAAAACAUAGGGUCUCUCUCUCUCUCUCUCUUUCUUCUUCUUCAAGAGAGGUUGCAUUGUCACUUUAUAAACAGACCAAUAAAUUAAAAAAACAAACCCAG